CGGUACUGAAGCCUCUCAUUGGACCGGAGUCGCGGUUUUCGUGCCCCCUUCUUUGAAUGACGCCCAAUCAGCACGAGGCUGGUCCCACGGGAAGACGACACAUCCUCCGCUCUCCGUCCUCUGUCUGUCCGGUUUCACUUUGAGGCAGGCCAUCUGCGUGUGCAGGCGUACGCAGGCCAACCGUUGACGGUUAUAUUCUCUCAUUUGCGUCGCUCCUUCUCACGAACUCACGCCGUGCGUCCCCCUUCACCUACGACUGGACUUCUGCCAGGAGGAGCAGUGCUCCGUCUCUGUCGCUCGACCGUCUGUACGCACCAAAGCCCUUUCAAUCUACGUCUACGAAGCACUGUGUACGAUGAACGCCGGACAACGUGAAGACAGACAUUGGUCGCAGACCUUGCCUCCACAUACCGCCCUUACCUUCGCUGCGGUCUAUGACCCAGUGGAAGGCUUGAUCACCUUCUCCGGGGCGCAUCUGCUAGAAACGGAUCGCUGUGACCGAGUUGUGGUCAACACGCGGCGGCCUGUUGCAUUUCCGCGUCGGGAUGAUGGGGACAACCGGUCGCAAGCGUUGACGAUCGACUUGAUCGCCCGUCCGUCCGUGGACGGAACACGUUCCACUGCACGAGUCCUACACGAUACAAUGAGCUGCGCGCCUUCGGCAUGGCCUUAUGAUGCGCAGACGGAUACGGAUACCAUGCUGGAUUCGCAGUACCUACCUACGUGGCUCGGCGUCUCUCGAGGCCUCAGCACGGGCCUCAAUAGUCCUGCUAUUGCAUCUUCUGCUGCACUCACAGCUGUCUUCCAUGACGCCGAGUCACUCCGCGCUCUGCGCCAACAUCUCAGAGGGAUGCAAUGGAAGUGUAUGCCCGUACCACGCAACGGCUCCCCGUGUUGCGGGUCAGACGAGGAUCAUGUAACGGAUGAAGGAUUUUUUGAAGCAAGGCAUAUGUGUGCCGAUGACGGUUCGAGCAUUCCCGUGCUGGUCAACCUGAAUCUGCAAUCAGCGUUCUCGGUGACCACCACUUCGACCAACAACUACAUCGAGGUCGACUUUCCUUCCGAUUUCGAGAUGACAGGCGACGGACAGUCCUCGUGGGAGACGCUCUACGACGCGGAUAAUCACUUUUGUAUGAAUAUGCCAUCUAUGGAAGGGAGGAGACGGUUGCGAAAGCCACGUAGCCCUCCUCGGCCUCCAUCGACUCUGCCUGCAGAUCCCGCGGAGGUGCUAGCGCGACAACAGUACAACCAUCUUCAUCCCUCAGGAACGCCUCCGCCGUCUCCGGCGUCGACUCUGAGGAAGAAGGCGUCCAUCGCAAAGGCGAGGGCGCUGUUGGAUAAAUUGGGCAAGAUUGUUAAAAAUGAGAGUGGAGACGAAUCGGGCUGGGUGUGUGUUGACGUGACGCCAAAGAGGGCAUGAAAUGUUGUAUAGGACAAUAUCGAAAUCUUCUGUAUCAAUAGGGACUUUCUGGGUGACUUCUCGGUAUUCUUUUCUUUACUUGGGAGGAAUCGGGGUGGGGUCUUGAUUGGGUCUUUCUCGGGGGGGUUCUGUCUACUAACGUUCGGGGAUUACUGUUGGGCUUACAUAGGGAACAAUGUACUCACCUAAUGAAAAGGUACUGAAUGUAGAGA